CACCCUUUUCAGAAAUCAGUUGCCAGUGAAUUCUGUCGGAGCCUGUUCUGCAGCACUGUUCUGUGAAGUGGCACGGUCCGGUUACAGCUGGUGCUGCCAGGCUCCAGACGAGAGAGGCGAAUGGAGUGCUGUGGGAAUUAGGGUGCCUUCACCAGGAGGUGGUGUUUCAGGCAAAUGGGGAGAACCUGUCAGAGACACGCAGAAGGAUUCAAAAGUUCAAGACUGACUGCGAGUCUGCUGUGGCCAGAGUGGGGUAAUUUAUGGUCCAGGCAGCUUUACUUAAACACCUUUCCAGCGGCUUCCAUUUUGACAUCGAAGACUUUUCCCAGCAAUGGCCCUUUGUCACCUCCAGGAACCAGAGACAACCAUCAUUUUACCAGCUUGGCUUGUGCACUUCAGACACAAUGCAGUAUUUCUUCUCCCAGUAACUGGAUGGGCCAACAGUACAGAUCCUAUAGUUUCUUCACUAAAUUGACAGCAGAUGAGCUAUGGAAAGGUGCUUUAGCAGAGAGUGGUGCUGGAGCAAGAAAAGGAAGAGGCAAAAGAACUAAGAAAAAGAGAAGAAAGGAUUUGAACAGGGGUCAGAUCAUUGGUGAAGGACGUCAUGGCUUCCUCUGGCCUGGUCUGAAUAUCCCUCUUAUGAGAAAUGGUGCUGUACAGACCAUUGCCCAGAGGAGCAAGGAAGACCAGGAAAAGGUGGAGGCCGAUAUGGUCCAGCAGAGAGAAGAGUGGGACCGGAGGAGGAAGAUGAAGGUUAAACGGGAGCGAGGAUGGAGUGGAAACACAUGGGGAGGCGUCAGUCUUGGUCCCCCGGAUCCUGGUCCCAAUGGAGAAACAUAUGAUGAUUUUGAUACCAGGAUACUUGAGGUGAGAAAUGUUUUCAAUAUGACAGCAAAAGAGGGAAGAAAGAGAUCAGUCCGUGUCCUGGUCGCUGUGGGGAAUGGCAAAGGAGCUGCAGGUUUUGCCAUUGGGAAAGCCACUGAACGGGCAGAUGCUUUCAGAAAAGCAAAGAACAGAGCAGUUCACUAUCUGCAUUACAUAGAGCGAUAUGAAGACCAUACAAUAUACCAUGAUAUUUCUUUAAAAUUUAAAAGGACGCAUAUCAAGAUGAAGAAACAACCCAGAGGCUACGGUCUCCACUGCCACCGGGCCAUCAUGACCAUCUGCCGGCUCAUUGGCAUCAAAGACUUGUACGCCAAGGUGUCUGGCUCUGUCAACAUGCUCAACCUCACCCGGGGCCUCUUCCUUGGGCUCUCCCGCCAGGAAACCCAUCAACAACUGGCUGAUAAGAAGAGUCUCCAUGUUGUGGAAUUCCGGGAGGAAUGUGGCCCUCUGCCCAUCGUGGUUGCCUCCCCCCAGGGAGCCUUGAGAAAGGAUCCAGAGCCAGAAGAUGAGGUUCCAGACAUCACACUGGACUGGGAAGAUGUGAAGGCCGCUCAGGGAAUGAAGCGCUCUGUGUGGUCGGGUUUAAAGAGAGCCGCCACCUAGGCUUCCCUCUGGCCUGGCUCAGCCCAGGGAGAGGGCUCAGCCCUUCAUACCCAGGGAGAGACUCAGCCCUGGGAGAGACUCAGCCCUUCAUACCCAGGAUUCUCAAUUUUUUUUUUUUUAAACUGGAAAGGCCAAUGUUAAACUUCUUUAUUUACAAAUAAUAAAUAAUUAUAGAUUUAAUUGAUUGAGCAUGUCAUAUAUACCAAUCAUUGUGGUAGGUAUUUUAUGUAUGUAUCUUAGUUCAAAACUAUUUUAAAUAUUCAUUUAAAUUAGCAAAAAUCAAAUUAAUUAGGGAGGCAGGGCUUAUACUCUAACCUAAUAAAAAAAUAAUGUGCAGUCAAGUUAUAGUUACUUGACUAUAGUCACACAGCUAGAAAGCAGAGGAAAAUGGGCAGAACUCGUUUUCUUUUUGACUUCUCUUUUUAGUAAACCUCUUUGUGUUGACGUUUUAUGGUUACUCUAUAGUUAUUCUGUAGUUACUCUAAGGUUACUCUAGGUAUUACAUUACACCUACAUGACUUAUCACCAGUCUCCUGGUGCUGACUUUUUACCAGUUUGAGUGAAGAUGAGAAACCUUACUUCCCUUUAAAUACCUUUACCUGUCCCUGUUUCUAUAAUUAUUUUAAAAUUUCCUUUGCUUACACUGAGGACCAUAUUAGACGUUAUACUUCUUACUUCAACCAUCAAACAUAAUGGAAAAACCUUUAGAAGAAAAAAAUUUGCCUAUUGUAUUUCCCUAGGUUUUGCUCUUUCAGUCAUUCUUUCCUGAUGUGCUGAGAGUCCUUCCUUUAUCAUUUUGAGCAGGGAAAAGCCAAGUUCUCCUGUGUCUGCUUUUUUACUCUCAUACUACUACCACACUCUCAAGACCUCUGACGCCAGAUAUGGGCGGGCGUGGGGGGGGGGGUUCCCUCACCAAGCGGUCCUCUGCAACACCACCUGUAUGUCUGACAAGUUAACUCAAUUCUGACACCUUCCAUCUGAAGAUAACAUCGAAUUCCACUGGUUAAGGGCUCAGUCCCACAAGACUGCCCUUGUCCCAUUCAAAUGCCAGUCACAAGUGUGGUUGUCAACUGUGCUUCUGACUGAUCAGCUAUAAAUCAUUGGUUCCCAUGAUUUCCUCAUUGUGGUUGAUUCAUUUGCUAGAGUAGCUCAUAGAACGUAGGAAAACAGUUCACUUACUGUUUACCAGUUUAUUAUAAAAGAAUAUGAUGAAGGAUACAGAAGAACUUCCAGAUGGAAGAAAUGCAAAAUUUUUAAAUUUUCAUGAAGUCUAAUUCAUCUUUUUCGUUUGUUGCCUAUAUCUAUGAUGUUCUAUACAAGAAAUUAGCAUUAAAUCCAAUAUUGUGAA